AUGUCCUCGCCCUCCCUCCAGAUGAACUCCCUUCCCCCAAGCCCGCUGGCCAUGGAGUACCUAAACGAUUUUGACCUCCUUAAGUUUGAGGUAAAACCUGAUACGCCGCCUCUCUCCGUUCAGUGCGGGUACUCCAAAUCGGGUAGCUCGCCGUACGCUGGUCACCCACCGCCGGAUUCCAGUUUAAGCUCCAGCCCUUACGACUCGCUGCCGCCCUCACCGACCCUGAGCGAUGCCCACCCGCCGCCGUCGGGCUCGUCCUCACUGUCGUCCUCAUCGUCCUCCAUCUCCUUCCCGCUCUCUGGAUUCGCAUCCAGCGUCGGUACCGCUGGAUCUCAGGGGAAUGCGGACAGCAGUCCAGGCCACGCCGGCCACCCUCAGGGCCCUGGCCCAGCCUCACUGGAGGAUCUGAUCUGGUUCGCCGCCUUGCAACAGCAGUUUGGCGGAGAGGUCCCGGGUCCCGCCAGCCUCCUGGGCGCCCUGGGCGACAGAGAGAGGGCGCCGGUUAAUGGCUUUCUAGGCUGUGAGGACGCCGUGGAGGCUUUGCUGAACUCGGCUGCCGCAGCCGUUAGCUCCCAGUUUUCAGGUCUCUCUCAGGGUUCCAGCAGCGCCUUAGUAGACUCGGGCAGUGACAGUGGCGCCGACACAUCCUGCCCCAAGGGCGGCGACACAUGCCACCGACCGCUUAUCUUCCUGUCCAACCCGUCGCUCCCCAAUGCCGCCUCCUCCGUGGGCUCUGCCCCCUACUCACAGCCCCUCAGCCCUCAGGGCCGCCUCAUCCCCCACCAGCAUCACCACCACCAGCACCACCUUCACCACACCAUGCAUGGCACCCAUCACCAUCAUCAUCACCCACAAAUCGGUCAGUGUGGCGGUAACGAUCGCUUCUCUGACGAGCAACUGGUUAGCCUGUCGGUCCGCGAGCUGAACCGCCACCUUCGCGGUGUCAGCAAGGACGAAGUGGUGCGCCUGAAGCAGAAGCGCCGUACUCUCAAGAACCGCGGUUACGCCCAGUCAUGCCGUUACAAACGCUUACAACACCGCCAUGCUCUAGAAUCGGAGAAACACGUGCUCACGCAACAGUUGGAGCAGCUCCAGUGUGAUCUGACUCGUGUGUUACGGGAGCGAGAUGCAUACAAGGCACGCUAUGAGAAGCUACUCAGCGCCAACCACGCAGAGGCCUCGACGGGCCGCGGCGGCAACAGCACCAACACGCCUUCGCCGCCCCCCGACUUCUUCCUCUGA